GGGAGGGAGGGGAGGGGAGCGGAGAGGGUGGGGGGGAGAGAUAAGAGAGAGAAGAGGAAAAGGAGAGAGGAGAAGGAAGGAAGAAGAAGGAAGGAAGGGGACAAUACGAUCAUGCUGUGCUGUAUGAGAAGAACAAAACAGGUUGAAAAAAAUGAGGACGGGGACCAAAAGAUUGAGCAAGAUGGCAUCAAACCAGAAGAUAAAGCUCAUAAGGCAGCCACCAAAAUCCAGGCCAGCUUCCGUGGACACAUAACAAGGAAAAAGCUCAAGGGAGAGAAGAAGGCAGAUGCCCCUGCAUCCGAGUCUGAGGCCGCCGACAAGAAGGAUGAAGGCCCUGCUGGCGGAGCAGCCGAGAACAAAGAGAGUGAGGCUUCUGCUGCCACAGAGGCCAGCGCCGCAGACAGUGCCCAGCUGGAUGAGGGCAGCAAAGACAGCAGCGCGCCAGCAGAGGAGAAAAAAGGAAACGGAGCCGCUGACACAGGCUCAGAGCAGCCAGCCCCUCAGGCUGCUACUCCUGCCGCCUCCUCGGAGGAAAAAUCCGCUGCCGCCGCCGAGACGGAAAGUGCCACUAAAGCUUCCACUGAUAACUCGCCAUCCUUGAAGGCUGACGAAGCCCAAGACAAAGAGGAGCCUAAACAAGCCGACGUGCCUGCUGCUGACACCACUGCCACCACCACCCCUGCCGCAGAGGAUGCUACUGCCAAGGCAACAGCGCAACCCCAAAUGGAGACAGUGGAGAGCAGCCAAACCGAAGAGAAGACAGAUGCUGUAGAAGAAACCAAACCUACUGAAAGUGCCCAGCAGGAAGAGGUGAAAGAAGAAGAGAGCAAGGCGGACCAAGAAAAUGCCUGAACAUUAAGAAAUGACUCCCCGUUGCCCCUCCCUCCCUCCCCCUAUCCUCUAUCCUUCCUUCCUGCCCCGAUCUUGAUCUCCCCCCUUCCUGCUCACAUCUGUGAGCCUGUCCGUCCCUCUCCCAUUCCCACUUAAACCCUUUUUCUCUCUGUGUGGCAAACAUUUAAAGAAAAAAAAAAAAAAA